CACAGCUGUCGCCACCCUACCAUCCAGAGUUAGUCGCCAUCCUGCAUCCAAAACUUAUCGACUGUGCUAUGUCAUCCGGUGUCAUCAUUACUGGAUGUAUACCACCGGCCAGCCGCGCCAAGCUUAACUGUACAUUGUUAACGUAUCCGCCAUCUAGCAGCAGAUGUCCGUCAUGGGGGUCGCAUAGCGGCGGCAUGUACCCGCUCAGAGACAUCGACGACCUCACGUAUCGCCAUAGAGAGCCUACGGAACACACCCGAGAGACACACAAGGCCCAAUGUCAGACUACAUGCUCAUCAUCAUCAUCUAUGUUCAAACGGUAGGUAGGUAGGAGAAUAUACUCCAAGAAAGAGAAAGUCAUCAAGAAAAAGAGAGCGAUAGUAGCAACGAUGAAGAGGAAGUUGAUACUAAGUUUUCUUUGGCUUCUAGUUCUUCACUGAAUUUAUCAUUUGAAGAAAAAUCUGAAAAUACUACAAGCGCAAACCUCAGAAGCUUUAUGAUAACUAGUUAGUGUUUAAAUAAAUUUCUUCCCAUACACAUUUUGUGCCAAAACUUUUAGAUCACACGUUAUACCACAAUAUAAAUAUUAUCUGUUCCUUAUAAUUAAAAAUUCCUAGAAAA